AGGAAUGCGGAUUCAAUUUUACCUCUAUGUGACUUAUGAAUUCUGUUUCAUUACGAAAACUGGUAAAAGGAAUGUUUUUUAUAAUUGUGCAAUCGAGAGGUUUUUGCUCAGUUGGCAUCAAAUAAUGGAGGGAGAAAUUAAUCCCACUUUUGAUGAUGAACAACUUGACUCAUUUCAUGUUGAAGAGACUAAUAAGAUAGAGAAUAAUAGCUUGGAAGCUCUAGAUUCUAAGAAAGAACUUGAUAAAGAAAUUAAUCGGGAACCAUUAAAAUUAUGCAAAUUCUUAAUGAAUCAACCAAAGUUAACUUUUGGAAUUACCCUUUGCUCUCAUAUUUGCUUAACAGUAGUCACUGUUGGUCUAUUCUUAGGAGGAAUUGAUAUAUUUCCAAUUGUAUUUGAUAGAAUUCCAUUGGACUUUCCAAAAGAUGACCAUUUUUUAAGAACAAUGGCUUGGAGUCAAAGAAAUGAACCUGAUUAUAUGAUAACAAGAGGAAGGGACAAAAAUGCUAAACAAGUUCAACAAACUAUAUUUUAUAAUGCAAUAGAACUGAAUUUUGUCGGAGUUUCCAGAGAUAAAAAUGUCCUUACAAAAGAAAUUUACUAGCUAUUAAAAAGGUUCAAGAAGAAUAUUUGGCAACCAACAAUUACAAGGAACAUUUCUGCCUUAUAGGCCUAAAUGGGAAAUGUUCACCUGCUUUGUCAAUUUUACAAUAUUUCACCAAAUCAAAAGAUUUUGACAACAUUACUGAAAUAUUGUACAAAGUUAGUAAAGAUCAAAAAACAGCUUCUGAAUUUGAGUAUUUCCUUAGUAAAGAUGCUGAAAUAAGUGAAAAAAGAGCAUUUUCAUCAAGAACCAGAUUGAGAAUAAAUAUAGGAGGACCAUUGAAAGGUUUUGACAAAAUUGAUGAGCAUAAGGAAGAUUUAGAAAUGACAAAAAGAUAUGAAGAUUUAUUGAAAGAUUAUGCAGAAAAAGGAGAUGAAUACUUUGAAAAUGGUGUCAAUGGUAUGGAAUUUUAUCAUUUUUGUCCUAUUCUACUUAAUGUUAAAAUUCGAAGCAUGGUAUUCAGAGAUUUAAGUUUGGCAGUGGGUUCUAUGCUUUUUAUUGUUGUAUUUAUGCUCAUUCAAACUCAAUCAUUCUGGAUAACAUUUUUGGCAGUAUAUUCUAUUUUUAGCAGUUUUCUUAUCACAAAUCUUAUCUAUUACGGAGUUUUACGCUUUACAUAUUUUGGUGUUUUUCAUAUUCUAGACAUAUUUAUCAUUCUUGGUAUUGGAGCUGAUAAUGUUUUUGUUCUCUAUGAUACUUGGAGAGAAACUUCUUAUCAUAAAUAUCCCACUAUAGCGCAUCGAUUGUCCCAUUGCUAUAGAAAGGCAUCAAUUGCAAUGUUCUAUACCACUCUUACAACUGCAAUAGCCUUUAUUGUGUCAGCAGCUUCCCCAUUUAUGACUGUUUAUACAUUUGGUGUUUUUUCCGCCAUUUUGGUGAUAGUUAACUAUCUUUCAGUGAUUAUAUUCCUUCCUUGUGUAGUUUUUACUUAUGCAACUUUCUGGGAUAAAUUUAAAUGCUGCUGUUGCUGUAAAAAAAAUCCAAAAGAUAAAGAUAAUAGUAAUGAUAUUAAAAAGAAGAAUAUUAUUGUUAGAUUCUUCUCUGGACCAUAUUUUAAAUUAAUUACAAAUAGAAUUGCAAGAUGGUUUAUACUUGCAUUUUUUGCUGGACUUUUUGCAGCUUUUGUCUAUUUUGCAAGUACUUUGAAAGUAAAUCAGGAAGAAACAAAAUUCUUAAAGGAUAGCAGUAACUAUGGUCGAUACCUUGCUGAUGCAUCUACAAAAUAUAAAGGAAAUCCUGAUAAUAUCAUUAAAAUCUAUCUUGUUUUUGGUCUAAAACCACAAGAUAGAUCUGAUUGUUAUCAUACGGAUUUUAAAUGUACUGGAAAACAACAUUGGGAUAAUGACUUUAAUUUGAGUAGUAAUAAAACUCAACAAAAAUUUCUUGAAUUCUGUCAACUAUUACAUAAUUUAAAAGAAGAAAACACCAAAGAUUUGUACAUAAAGAGGGAUAAGAGUACAAAUGUACCGGAAGUGUUGUGUUUUAUGAAGAAUAUGAUAGAAUUUUACAAAAAUGAUGCCUUGAAUUUGACAUAUAAACACAGCAUUCCUUUUGAUGUCAGAACCAGCCAUGACAUAUUUGCUAAUGAUAAUAGUGGAUUAUACAAGGAUAUAGGAAAAUUGAAAGGUGAAGCUGUUAACAAACAUUUUGAAUUAGCUAUGGAUUGGUGGUUAUUUAAUGGAACUAAUCCACCUCCUGGUACCAGUCCUCCAAGACGAUCAACUGACUUUGCACUCUUCAAUGAACUUUUAGGAGAAGAGAAGUUAAAGGGAAGUGUCACUUAUAAAAAACAUUUAGAGACAAUUGUCUAUGGAACAAAGCUAAAAUAUGCUGCCAUUAUUGUAAAUACAACAAUUGAAAGGAAUAGAAUAGGAUACACUAAAGGUUUAGAAAUUAGGGAUAAAUGGGAGGAUUUUAUCAAUAAACAGAGUGAAAAUUUACCAAAUGAAUUAAAUGGUGUUUGGCAAACAGCUAUUGAGAAUGUUGAAAGGGUAGAUAGUGGAAAAUCUAUAUGGCAUUGGUUGGCAGUUCAAAGAAUAUUGGUAGGUUCAGCUAUUACUGGCAUUGCAAUUGGAGUUGGUUUAUCAUGCCCUAUUCUUAUUGUUGCAACCCAUAAUAUAUUUGUUGGCAUUUUGGCUACUAUAACUAUUGCUUGUGUUACAGUUUGUGUUAUUGGUGUAUUGCCAAUAGCUGGUUGGAAACUAGGGUUAAUGGAAUCUUUGAAUUCCGUUUUGGUUGUUGGAUUGGCUGUGGACUAUAUUGUACAUUUAGCAGAAGGCUAUUCCAGAUCAGUUUACAAAUCAAGAGAAGAAAGAGUAAAAGAUAUGUUGACUCAAGUCGGUGUUUCAGUUCUUUCUGGAGCUAGUACAACACUAGGAGCUUCAUUUUUCUUGUUAUUGGGAGAUCUUUUAUUUUUUGUUGAAUUUGGAGCUUUUAUGUUUGCAACUAUUGGUUUUUCAAUUGUAUGGGCUCUGGGUUUUUUUUCUACAAUUCUGGGUAUGUUUGGACCGCAAAAUAAUUUUGGAUCAUUAAAACCAGUUUAUUCAUGGAUUAUCAGUAGAUGUAAUAGACAACAGAGUAGCAAUCAGUAGAAAAAGUUAUCAGUUCCUCAUACCAAAAGAUAUUUUCUAAUUUUAUUUCGAAUUCUUUUAUACCUGAAGUUUAGAAAAAUUUUUAAAAGCUAUGAUACUUAUCACCUUUCUUUUGCACUGUGUGUGAUGAAAGCAUUGUGAAGUCUUUCAAAUUAUCCUCUUAACUUUUAGACACCUAUUACUGUAAAUUUCAUCUUGUGAAAGAAUACAUCUCUUUCUGCAUUCAGAACAUGUAAUGUCACAUUGUUCAAUAGUUCAAGUUUGAAAGUGCAAUCUUCAUUUAUUUCAAAAUCCUAAUUCUAAACAUAAAGACCAUUCGACUGAUUUCUCAUCUAGACAAUAUUUUCUAGAAGCUAUAUGAGACAAAGCUUUUGUGACUGAGAAUCCAAUUUAAUAAUUUGAGGUCCAAGUAGGAGAGUUUUGACUGAAACUCAAAUUGUAUAACAUGCUUUUAACCAUGACAUUAAGGAUAAAUUAAUUUUAUAACCCCGUUUCAAGUAUUAUUAGGUGGUUAUAAUUUAUUGAAUCUUAUCAAGUGUGUUAUAAUUUGGGAAUUUGAUUGAAGGGACAAAUUAAUCCCACUUUAGAUGAUGAACAACUUGACUCAUUUCAUGUUGAAGAGACUAAUAAGAUAGAGAAUAAUAGUAUGAAGCUCUAGAUUCUAAGAAAUCUUCCAUAUUUGCGUAUGGAUGGACAUUUAAAGUAUAGUUUGCAAUUUAGUUCAUCACUUCCUUCCCUACAAUUAACAAUUCCAUCAAAUACUUUAUCCAGAGUGAUGUAUGAUUGAUCAUUUCUACACUUAAAAUAUCCCUUUGGUUCAAAAUAAUCUAUCUGUUGAAUUAACAAUAAAGAU